UCUCCUUAGAGCAGCGGAGCAAAAAGGCAUCCUUGCCAUGAUCACUGUGACUUCCCUAAAAGGCAAUAACGUCUAGUCACCUCUGAAUGGGCAGGUACAUGCCCUCAGUUUGCGAAGCACGUGGGGCCGCCCAGCAAGGCAACUAUGGGACCAUUACUACAAAAAGCUCAUGGGCCGUCCUAUCCUUUAGACGCCAAUGUAAACACAUAAACCAAACGCCCAAU